AUGAAUCUCUCUUCACCCAACUCUCCGCAGGGCUCACCCGCCCCAAAUCAACAGGCCUCACCCCUCAGUCAUCGCCCAAGUCCACGCCAAACCCCAAGCUCAGGGACACCACCAGGCAGCGCAGUCAAUGCACCCAUUCCAGACGACGAACAUGGCGCUGACUUGCCGAUGAAUUUGUCGGCAUCUGUCAUGUUGACCAACCUACCCCGCGAUGCGCACCAGGCACUCGCCGAUGUGGAGAGGAUUGACUCUGGAAAAGUCACUGUGCGCUUCCAGCCUUUGCCGUCAGCUCCCAUUCUGAAGAAUCGGGUGUUCAAGGUCAGCGCAUCACAGAAAUUUGAAACAGUGGUCAAGUUCCUGCGCAAGAAGCUUGACUGCAAGGAUACAGAUUCUGUUUUUUGUUAUGUCAACAGUGUCUUUGCGCCCGGGUUGGAUGAGGGGAUGGGUGGCUUGUGGAGGUGUUUCAAAACGGAGGAUCAAUUGAUUGUCGCUUAUUCAAUGACCCCGGCGUUUGGCUGA